AUGAGGAGAGAAAACAUCCUAACCUUUGCUGUGCUUGUAUUCCAUGCCUGGACUCUGGGUGUGGACUCCAAGAUGGUUCAUCUCCGUCAGCCUGGUCUCAAUUCCCCCAUACCCUUAGACAUGGUCCCUGAGUCUGUUGACGACAUGUACAACGGCUGCACUGAACAAAUGUACAACAAGGUGCAGAAGGAAUAUCUGGAACAUGAAAACAGCAAUGUAGGGAUCUUCAAAGAAGCCUGGAUGAAGGCAGAAGGAUGUGCAAAAACUCUGAUGAAACGAUUCAAAAAGGACAAGUCCAAGUCCAAUUCUAAAGACAGACUUACACAUAAUCAUAUCAAGGCUAUCUGUGCUUACUCAGGAGGUCAAACUCAAAUAUACCCAGUGUUCAACCAAGCAGUCCGGACCAAUAGAACAGUGUACACAACCUCCUUCCAGUUCCACUCCCUGCAUUUCCUGCUGACUGACGCCAUUCGCCUCCUGAAAGAAAACCAACAGGGCUGCCACACCACAUACCGGAGAACCAACAUGGAGUUUGGCGGUAAAGUUAACCAACUAAUAAGAUUCGGCUUCUUUGCCUCGAGCUCUCUUGACAAGAGAAUUAGUCAAUCAUUUGGAGAGAAGUCCUGCUUUGAGAUAAAGACCUGUGCAGGAGCUUAUCUCAAGUCCUACCCAGUGUUGGGAGAAAAGGAGAAGGAGGUGUUGAUUCCACCUUUUGAGAUGUUCAAAAUUACCAAAAAGGAAAAAGGCCAGAAUGUUCUUAACUGUAAAUCUCUCUUCAAACUGGAGAGUGUAGGGUUCCAGAGCAAUCUGAAUUGUAAAGCUGUAUAGGAAAAUACAGCAGUCGAACUGUAUGUUAGUCAAUGAAUAUCUCUCUCAUUCAGAGAGUGAAACGAAACAUGCUGGGUUGCUUGUGCUUGGUUGUUCCAUGUGGAUUCCCCCAUCACUGUUGACCUGUGUUAUAUACUGUAUGUUCACAUUGUUCUUCUUCUGCCAGGUCCUUUGCUCCAUAAUGUAAGACAGGGAGACACAGGGAGAAAUCUAAUAUAGAAAUCCUGCUACCAACAAUUUCAUCACAGUUUAUGGGUUCAAAUACUAUUUGAAACAUUUUCAAAUACUUUAGCUGAGUUUAAUUUAGCUUGCCUGUUGCAAUGGAACCAAUAGAACAGUCCCCAAAGUGCAAACUCUGUCCAUCUGGCACUCCAGGCAGGUUAAAUAAAAUGCUCAAAGUAUUUGAAAGAUUUCAAAUAGUAUUUGAACCCAGGUCUGGUCAUAUAUAGCAUUAACUGUAACUAUAUUUACUGUAGCAUUUACUGUAACUAUAUUUACUGUAGCAUUAACUGUAACUAUAUUUACUGUAGCAUUUACUGUAACUAU